AAGACUGUCAACAUGACGUCUACGUUUGUGUUCUGUUUAAUUCUGUUUCAAGUUGUUCUGGUUAAGUCAACAACAGACUACCACUGGCGCGACUACGCCGGAGUCAUCCCUGAAGAUGCCAUAGUUGGUGGUCACGACAAUCACGAUAAACCCAUCUACAUAGGCCAAAGUUAUAUCAAAGACAGAGGUUUCGUUGUCAUCGAAAUAAACCCAGGUCGAACGUUAUAUGCACAUUCGUACAACGCUCGAGUGGUAAAAGACUACAUCAAAAUCUUGUGUGGUCCUCGGGAUCAUUUUUACUGGUUUCCUACAAAUCACACUCAACUAAUGAAGCAUUUAUAUAUCGAAGAGAAACUGUUGGUGUUUGGUGGUGAAGAAGACAUAGGCGAAAAUUUUGUUGGAAGGAUCAAGUGCGACUUUGGGUUCUGCAUCGGGAAAAUUCUUAGAACCGAAUGUUUUCGAGAGAAGUCCGGCUUUUACGGAGUGGAUAGAGACGGACAUGAACUAACCGCCGACUCGUUCGACGUUCUGGUAAACAUAAAAAAAGAGCCCAAUGGUUCAGAAAGUAGUCUAAUUUUGACUUUUCCUCAUAGUGUUGGUUUUGUACUUUGUGUAUUAUUUUCAUUUAUAUUUUAAUAAGUUGAGGUGUGUUUUAUGCAACUCAAACCAUCGUGUUUUACGUAUAUUCGCCUAACAGAAAAAAUAUCAGAAAUAGGAAUGUUUUAAUUAGGUUCUUCGUUUCAUUUGAAACACUUCUGAUUCUUUUUGUCUCAUCUGACAUUUUAUAGCCGGCACUGUUUGAAAUUUUAAUCAAUUAUUUAUUAAAAACUGUCGACUGCACAUCGAUUUGUUUAUACAGGUGACUCAAAAAAGUUAAUGCAACACCGAAUGCUUUGAAAUCUUGGAUGUGUUUCAAAGUUAUCAUAAGUAUGGUAAAUUUUUU